CCUUUUUAGUGUGAAGAACUAUCUAGGUACUAGAAAAAUGGAGUGGAGUAAGGAGGAUAUCAUACGUCUGAUAGAAACUUACCGUAAGAGGGACGUGAUUUGGGACCCAAAACAUGUUCAUCAUUUCAAUAAGCUUCGUAAACAAGAUGCAUGGGAGGAAAUUGCCAAGGAAAUGGGAUCAUCGGCAGAUGUGUGCAAGAAGAAGAUGGAAUAUCUUUUGGCAGCCUUGAGAAGGGAGAAAAUGAAAAUGAAGAAGAGUACUGGUACUGGAAAAGGAGCACAUGAGACUUACACUAGCUCGUGGUUUGCCUUUGAAAGUAUGCAAUUCCUAUGGGACAAGAACCAACCAAAACCAACAUUGAGUACAAUCCAGACCGCAACGAGUGAAGCAGCAGAGGAACCAACAGAAGUGUCGGUAGAAGGUGAGGAUCUGAAUACAAGUUUGGCGACAUCACAGGAAAGAAACCCUGAAACAAGGCACCCCAAGUCGCCCACACCCAAAAGUAAGAAGCCGAAGACAUCAGCUGGUGACCAACGUCUCGAUAAGGCUUUUGAGAUACUCACGGCCACAGCUAACCAAGUUAAUGAUGAAAACCAGCAUUUUGGUAACUUGGUUGCUUCUAAAUUGCGUAGGUAUGAUGACAGGGUACGCAGUUUGAUUCAAAAUGACAUUCUGAACGUAUUUGUUAGAGCAAACACAGGCUGUUACAGUACUGAUCAGCCUUUCCCUGGUAACGUAGUUGGAGGUCCACAGACAACCCAUCCAGUAGGCUUCCCACCCAACUUCUGGUUGUCUCAUAGUUAUUCAGACGCAUCUGAAAGCCAUGAUUCUAGAACAAGUACUCCAGCUGUAGUGCAACCAUCACCUUCCCCCAGUACUUGUUCGGUAGGAAAUGAGUUGAACAUUGAGGAACUAAUAUAGUUGUGAUUUUUUCACAUGUGGCCCGUAACUUCCAAUGAGGAUAUAUCUCUUCCAUUCUUAAAUUACAUUUAUAUUUGUUUUUACUUCAUUGUGCCCCAUCUUCAAAAUAUAUAUAUGACAUUGAUUUAUCAAGUUCCUUCUUGUACUAUAAAAUAAAAAGAAAUUAAAA